CACACACGCACGCACACACUGAGUCAGUACUACUGACAGUGAACAACAGGAAACUUGAGCUGUCAAAAGAUCAUACAGAGCACGUCACUUCACUUAUGAGCGCCGUUUACACUACUAAUACUGUUUCUGCUGUGCAGGAGGCGCAUAUUUCUGCAAACCCCGCUUUAAAAGAAGAAAAAUGUCAGGGAACCAGAAAUUUGUGAGUCCUUUCCACAGACCGCACUGUUUAUCAGCCGCUGCGCCCGCAGGACAAGCCAAACUCACACACCCUGGAAAGGCCAUUUUAGCUGGUGGGAUUGCCGGAGGCAUUGAAAUCUGCAUCACAUUUCCUACAGAGUAUGUGAAAACUCAGCUCCAGUUAGAUGAGAGGGCAAACCCGCCUCGCUAUAAAGGCAUCGUUGACUGUGUGAAGCAGACGGUGCGUGGUCAUGGGGUGAAGGGUCUGUAUCGCGGUCUGAGCUCUCUGCUCUAUGGAUCCAUUCCCAAAUCGGCAGUGAGGUUUGGGAUGUUUGAGUUCCUCAGUAAUAAGAUGAGGGAUGAGUCUGGGAAGCUGGACAGCACUCGAGGCUUGCUCUGCGGUCUGGGAGCAGGAGUGGCUGAAGCUGUGCUCGUGGUGUGUCCUAUGGAGACUGUAAAGGUAAAAUUCAUCCACGACCAGACCUCAGCAAACCCAAAGUACCGAGGAUUUUUCCACGGCGUGAGGGAAAUAGUCAGAACACAAGGACUCAAAGGAACAUAUCAGGGACUGACUGCAACAGUCCUGAAGCAGGGCUCGAACCAGGCCAUCCGUUUCUACGUAAUGACCGCCCUCAGAAACUGGUACAAAGGUGAUAACCCCCAGAAGACCAUUAACCCUCUGGUGACCGGAGUGUUCGGAGCCGUUGCUGGAGCUGCAAGCGUGUUUGGAAACACACCACUGGAUGUGAUCAAAACCAGAAUGCAGGGAUUGGAAGCUCACAAAUAUAAGAGUACAGUUGACUGCGCCAUCAAAAUCAUGAAACACGAAGGAGCAGCUGCGUUCUACAAAGGCACGGUGCCCAGGUUAGGCCGGGUCUGUCUGGACGUGGCUAUAGUGUUCAUAAUCUACGAGGAAGUAGUUAAAGUUCUCAACAAGGUGUGGAAGACGGAUUAAUGGAGGUGUGACGCUGAUGGGCGGAGUCUGGCUUUAUGACAUCACACCGGUGUGACAACAGAGAGCCUUUACUCAGGGGCCAAAAUAUCUGCCAACAGAAUGUGCUUAAUUACCAUCAUUUAAUCCUCCCAACUAAUGUCAGAAAGACACCAAACACUUCAAAACUAGUUUUUACCAGAGACCAAUUUAAAUUAUACUUUUUUUUUUUCAUUUAAUUUUUUUAUGGGAAAUAACAUCUUUAGGGAGACUCAUUUAAACUUUAUUUUAUUUUUUAAACAUUGUUAUUGUAGUUUUAACAUUAUUAUUAUUUUCUAAAGUGCAAUUUACCAGCAAAUAUUAUACCAUACAGUUUCCAUUGUAUGUAAUUUAAUUUUGUUUUCCUUUACGUGUGAUUGUAUACUAAGUGCUGAGAGCCUAAUCUGAACACCGUGCAACUUAAGAAACAGAAUAUGCCUUUUAGAAAAAUCUUAACCUGUAGUCUAAAAUGCAUAAAAUAACCAAAGUUUUUAAUUGUGAGAUACAAAUGGGUUUUUAAUGUUUUUAAUGAAGUCUCUUCUUUAAAUUCGAUUCAAUUUCUAAACUGCAAAAUACAAGGAAAAGAGUGAUAUUGUGAAAUAGUAUUACAGGUUAAACAGCAAGUCAGCAUAUUGGAAUGAUUUCUGAAGAUUCGUGAGACCGGAGUAAUAAUGCUGAUGAAAAUUCAGCUUUGAUCGCAGAAAUAAAUUACAUUUUAACACAUAUUCACAUAGAACAAAUUAUAAUAAUAUUUCACAAUAUUACUGUGUUUUUGAGCAUGUAAAUUCAGCCAAAAUGAAGAGAUUUCAUUAAAAACUUCUAAAAUGCAUAACUUUUGACAAGUGUUAGUGGUACAUAUGCACUUUCACAUUUGGUAGUAAUCCAGAUUUAGUAAUUAUUUUAAGUGCCUCUAUUAAUAAACAUCAUAUAAUCUAUUUUUUGUAAUUCUACUUGUUUACAUUAAAUCAUUUCCGUAAUUAGUGUAUAAUUAAACCCUUCUGUAACAGUAUAGCAUAAGAACAGUGAUAUAUAUACAAUAACUCUCUGAAAUCAAUAACACAACUCAUGCUGCGCUUUUAAAAACUGAACAGUGUUGUUUCACCAAAGAGCCAGAUCACUCAAAUACAAUGUUUACUUCUUUAACACGAGGUGAGUGUUGUUAAUGAUGUGAAAAAGGUCACCGGAUCAAAUCAGUCCAUGCCUUAAAGACUUGUUGACGUGCUUGUUUUUCUCUUCCUACCUCUACUUCAAGAUGCUCUAACAAAACUGAUAACAGAGGUGAAAACUGACAUGUAACAGACAAUGUAUAAAGCAGAUUUUCAGCAUGGUUUUCAUGUUUUUCACAGCAGACCAGAGAACUCGAGUGGCUUAACUCGUAGUAUGCAACUGUUUAAGAGUUUAUAAAUACUAAAUAACAUGAAUUUCACCUUGAGGGUAACAGUCUUGAAGAGGUUUAACUGUCAUGAUCAUUUGUGCCUGUGGUUCUUGACUCUUAAAAUACAUGUUUUAGAUAUACUGUCUACUCUAAAUGAUACCGUGUUGCAGUCAAAUCAUGAUCUAGUGUUUAUUUGACUUUGUAAAAGGCAUAGGCGACCCAUGUUGGGUCAGGAAACAGCUGUGGGGAUAAACAGGGUUUUAUUGUUGUGUUUCUGUGAAAGUUGUCAGAAUGCAUUCCGGUUUUGACCUGAAAUAUGCAUUAAUUGUCAUGCUAAUGAAAAAGAAUGUGCCUUCAGUUCAUGUCCUAAUUCAGAAUAAAUUAUGCUGACUGGA